AUGGCUUGCCCUCUCCACGUUUAUGGUAUCACCGUCGAUUCCAGCAAGUCGAAACCCACGGUGCUUUCUCAAAGGGAUACAUUCUCCUUAUAUUUGCGGUGCAAGGCGUGGCUUGGGAUGAAGACCGAGUAUCAAGACAUUCCUUUCAACCCAGACGACAUGUUUCGCGCGUGUCAUGCAAGACAAGGAUACAACAAAAUUCAUAAGAAAAUCAGUAUCUUCGUCGACCUUUCUGGGAAUACAGUAAUCGAAACUGAGCAGUCUACCUCUUCCGCUAGAGACCUUGAGCUCCGACCUACAACUUCUGAAAUAUUUCAGAAGUGUCCUCGGUUCCGAAUUCUGGUGAUAGGAAAGUCAUCACUGAUCAACCACAUAUUCAAAGUGAAAAAAAUGAUCGUCGCCCAUGAUAAGCCAGGCGAGGCCAGCAUCGACCAUGAGUUCAUCUCGCCUGAGAACGAGAGGCUUGUUCUCCACGAUAGCAAGGGUUUCGAACCAGGGGAAGGAGACAACCUCAAAAUAGUCCAAGAUUUUAUCGAACGUUGGAGGAAGAUGCCUGCUAUGGAACAUCAGUUGCACGCUGUUUGGCUUUGCUUUGAGAUACCCCAUGCAAGCGGACGUUUGCUAGAGACGGGAACGGAGGAUUUCCUGAAAUCGAAACAUAGUGGAAUGCUGGGAAAUGUUCCUGUCAUCGCCAUUCUUACUAAAUACGAUAUGCUCAUCGAUCGGGUGGAGCGAAAUUUAGAUGAAGCUUCUCUUAAUGGAUUGGACGACGAAGCCAUCAAGGAACUCGCCAAGCAACAAGCUGAUGCCGAGGUUCAGGACAGCUGCAUUGGACCUCUAAAGCAAUUUGCAGGGGCUGGUAUUCCCCACGCUACGACCUCUACCAAAGAAGACUAUAAGGAGACUCUCAACCGCCUGAUCAAGAUAACUGAAAGCUGUGUCGGUCAGCAUUCUACGCCCGAGGCCGCGGUGAUGACCUCCAUCGCUCAGCGAGUGGAUCCUGGACUCAAAAUAAAGGCAUCGAUUGAGGUUGGCAAGAAAAGGUAUUGGAAGGCGCUUAUGUCAUGCCCAAGGUUCAGGAACCGCAAGAUGUGGGAUUGUCUAUACGUGCUUCACACUGACAUCGUUGAUGACCUCUGGAUUAUCCAUGCUGGGCACUAUUGCGGGCAUGAUGUCGGACCUGUGGCUCCCAUCGUAGUACCAAUCGCAGCAGGUGUCGUACUCGCCACGUGGGUUUACGAGGUAUACCAGAUAUCCCACGCGAUGCUUCAGCGGUUCAUGUCCUACAUCAUCCACUUGACACUUGUGCUGCAGACACUUUAUCUUGUGUCAGACGGCCAGGGACUCACUCGUAGGGCCAUCAAGCUGGUGGUCGCUUCCUACCUCGCCUCCCCAAUGAGCGGAGAAGUUCGAAUUCGAAUUCAGGAUUACGAUAUGCAAUUGACGAUCCUGGAACUCGCGGACCGCGAUACCUUGGAUAAAAUCGCCGAGGUGAUGCAAUUCUAUAGCAUCGACGAGAAACAAAUGUCCAAACUUCGGGAAAAGCCCACAGUAGAUUUGUCAUUAGAUGAGGCAUGGUAA